AGGGCCAGGGCCUCUGCCUCUGCCUCUGCCUCUGCGAGCAUCCGUCUCUUUCUUUUCCUUUCCUCUCUCCCUCUGAACCACACACUCACGCACAGAGACAUGUUCAAAAGUAAGCCACUUAUGCAUAUUAUAUCAUCUUUGAUGAUUGUUAAAGAUGAAAACGAAAGCAAAACUAAGUAAAGCAGCUAUUGCUGCUUCUCUGGACACGGACACUGCUACUGCCUACCACUGCUGCAGCAACUACUACUAUUACUUCUCCGUCAAGCACCUAAUUGUAAGAACAGUUACUACUCAUACAUAAAUAUAGGCUGAGCUCUCCAAGAAGCAGAGAAAUGAGCCAGUGCGUCCCAAGCUGGGAUCUUGAUAACAACCCCUCCUCCACCGCUAGGCUCACUCUCCAUGCCCUUUCCAACUCCGACUCCACCGCCGCCGACGAUCCCACGUCAGAUUACGAAGUAGCAGAGCUGAUAUGGGCUAACGGCCAGCUUGCGUUACAGGGUUUGGGUCACCCUCGCAUCGUUACCAGACCCAUCCCUUCCUUACUCUCCUCCAAGUAUUCCUCCUGGUCUGAAAAGCCACGCGCUGGCGGCACCCUGGAAUCAAUCGUUGACCAGGCCGCUCAAUUCCUCCCUUCCAAGUCCCUCUCACCGGUCCCCCACUGCGACAACGCCACCGCCGCCGCCACCCACCCUUGGUUCAAUCCCCACCACACCACCACAACCACUACCGCCCCGCCUCACCCCAUCACCAUGGACGCCAUGGUCCCUUGCUCCCACCCAACUCCAAUCCCCUCCACCGCCGCCGCUGACGAUGACCCUUCAUCUCACGUACCCAAUCCGGACAACAACGGAAUAGGAACCUGCGUCGGUUCCUGCAGUGUGGCCGGCACACCCCCGGAAGUAGGGAAGCAAAUAUCACUCGCUGGGAAACGCGCCAGGGUGGCACGUGUGAACGGUACGACUGCACACGAGGGAAACAGCAAUAACCACAGCGCUAGCGCUAGCGUUAGCAUGCAAGAUGCCAGGCUCGACACGUGCGACGUUGAACUCGACGCCACUUCCUUGGGCUCCCGUGAUAACACGAGCUCCGGGAAGCCUUGGCAGUCUUCUACGAAACCCACCACCGUCGACGACCAUGAUUCCGUCUGUCACAGCAGAUCAAAUCAGAAGAGAGAGUCAGGGGAAGGAGAAGAGAGGAAGAAGAGUCAAUCAGGCAAAUCUUCGGUUAAAACAAAGAGAAGCAGAGCUGCUGCCAUCCAUAAUCAAUCUGAACGGAAAAGGAGGGAUAAGAUCAACCAAAGAAUGAAGACUUUGCAGAAGCUAAUCCCAAAUUCCAGUAAGACUGAUAAAGCAUCAAUGCUAGAUGAAGUGAUUGAAUAUCUGAAGCAACUUCAAGCUCAAGUACAGAUGAUGAGUAGGAUGAUACCACAAAUGAUGUUGCCAAUGACCAUGCAACAACAGCUUCAAAUGUCUAUGAUGGCACAGAUGGCCGGCAUGGGAAUGGGAAUGGGAAUAGGGAUGGGUGUGAUGGAUAUGAAUAUGAUCGGGCGAUCCAACAUGCCGGGAAUUCCUCCCAUUCUUCCUCCAGCUGCCUUUAUGCCUUUAGCUUCGUGGGACGUUUCCGGUGAUCAUCGCUUAUCAACCUCAAAUGCAACUAUGCCUGAUCCAUUGUCCUCAUUUCUCGCUUGCCAGUCACAGCCAAUGACGAUGGAUACUUACAGUAGGAUGGCAGCCUUGUUUCAACAAUUCCAUCCACCACCAACUUCCAAUGCCAAGACCUAAAGUUUUACAACCCAUGCAGUAUUAUAUAAUUCAAGUUAAUAUGUAUAUGGUAAUUGGCAUUAUUUGAUCAUCUUUAGAUGUUGAACAUUGAUGGUAGGUGAAAUGAAUUUUUUUGAAAUUCAGAGUUCCA